GCUGUUUGUGUGCCUUGUUCCUAGAUCGUGAAGCAAAUCGAAAGAGAAAGUAAGUGUCUGUCGUAAGAGCGUAAACCAACUUUAUAACCGACUACAACGUAAUGUGUUAGUCGCUGGAUGACUGCGAUACAAGGAACGUCCUAUGCGAUAAAUCUUCAGUUCUGUUCUAAUUAUCUUCGUUUCGUACACGGUAAAACGAUUUUCUGGCAAGAAGUAGAAGAAAAACCGCGUCGACAACGAUGUGGGGAAGUCUUGAAAAACGAAGAACCUUGAGAUUUUGUAUUUUGAUCCUUGUCUGUCGGCUCGAUUUAUCGAUGGGAUUACCCGUGGAACAACCAACCAGAUUCACCUUAAAUACGGGAGAUACGAAUUCGAGAAAUGUUGCUACAAGGCUAGUGUCUAAUUACGCGCCAGGCAAGGCUUUGGCCAGCGAGACUCAGACCAUGGCGACAGCGGUAGUGCAGAAAUCGGUGGCCUUGAACUACGAACCAAUAUCCUCGGUAACGACCCAGUAUCCGCCAGUUACGAACACUCGACCAAACGCGCGCGAAACUGUGAGACUGGAGAACGAAACUGCGCAGGGUUUCCUAGAGAAGCCAAUUCCGAAACCUAUCGCGAACGUUUUGGAAUCUUUUCUGAAUCCUACACCAUUGGUCGAUGGUAUCAAGGAGGAGGAAAAAUAUGGAAACUCUGGAGACAAGUUUAUCGGCAUUGGUCGGACUCUGGUCGAUGGAUUCGAGAAGUUUAGCAAUUUUCUGAACGGUGUCGUUGACUUUCCACGCAAGACUGUCAAAACGAGUACCCAGGAAAUCACAGACUUUUUAAAUAAAAUAGGAGCUCGUCUGGUCGGAUUAGAGUAAUGUAAAUAUCAUAAUUUAUAAAAUCGUCUUAUUCGGUGUUCUAAUUGUUUUUCUGUUAUUCGAAUAAACUUGUUUGUUUUUUU